UGUCCACCGCCAUGUGCGCAGAUGUGCCAUGCGUACCACCCCCGUGGCCAGCAUCGUGCGGCCGGAAUGGAGUGAAGUAGGUCAUGACCCCAUCGUUUUAUAAUUUUUAUCGUGAAUAAGAGUGUUACGGCCCAGAGGAACAUGCCUCAAAGUGGGAGGCGGCGUGGAUGUUGCUCAGAUAUUGGGCGCCAAUCGCGAGUUAUAUACGAUGGUCUUUCGAGUAAAGUGGUUGCAAUGGCUAAAUUCCGAUUGCUGUUUGGAUGUUUCGCCAGCCUGUGCCUCUACCCUUUUCAUCCACCCUGUGUGUCUCCGCAACCUAUUGCUUGGAAACCCAUGUCCCUUGUAACCAGCGCAGCCCUGGGAAAGCCCUGGAGGCCCUGGACAGCGCCCAUACCAUCCCCCCGACCCUGGGAUUGCCGUUCAAUGGGACGCACGACCGAAAGGCUCUAUAGCAUCCAUGCGCUGCCGCAAACCGAUUCCGCUUGUGCAUCAGAAGACGCUUCUCUCUGCAUGGGGCCCCUCGCCGUAGUAUAAUGUGACAGGCGGUUGAUUGACUCCGUUCUACUUCAAAACAGGCCUUG